AUGCCGCAUGGGGUUGAUCUCCAGGUUUGUACUUCUAAAAGUUCAACGUGCUGUACCAAAAAGAUUGAACAAAGAUAUCAGACUGCAGCAAAGCAAGAUAUACAGCAAGUGCUUCAAACCUCAAGUGUUACAUUAAUUUUUUUAAUAUCUCAUAAUGCAGCUGCUUUUCAAGAAACCUUUGAAGUGCUUAUCAGACUGGCUGAGAAUUACACAGGUACACUUUUCUUCAAUGCAUAUAGAAACAUGGCUGCUGAGGCUACUGUACAUGUUCAGGAAUUUUUCACUGAUGUUGGACUCUUUGUAUUUGGCACAAAAGUUAGCAUAGAGGAAUUUGUCAAUAGAUUUUUUGACAGCCUUUUCCCAGUAGUCUACAACCACCUGAUUAAUCUUGGUCUGACUGACAUUUCACUGGAAUAUGCAGAGUGCCUCCGAAUGGCAAGAAGAGACAUCAGGCCCUUUGGUAAUGUUCCCAAAAAGGCCAUGGGACAAAUGGGAAGAUCACUGUUAGCUAGCCAGUCUUUCUUGCAGGUUCUGAAUUUGGGAAUUGAAGUGAUCAAUGCAACAGAUCAUCUGCAUUUCUCUAAAGACUGUAGCAGAGCUUUACUAAGGAUGCAGUACUGCCCCCAUUGCCAAGGGCUGACUUUAAGUAAGCCCUGUAUGGGCUACUGCCUCAAUGCCAUUCAAGGUUGCUUAGCUAAUAUGGCAGAAGUUGAUCUUCAUUGGCAGGGAUAUAUUCAGUCCCUGGAGGAGCUCUCAAGUGCCAUGAGUGGAACACAUGACAUUGAGCAUGUGCUUCUAAACUUCCAUUCACUUGUUAAUGAUGCUGUGGUACAGGCUUGUAUCAAUGGGCCAGAAUUUUCUGAGCAGAACUACUGUUCAGCUACUGAGCCAAGCAGAAUUCUGCUGUCUCAGUUGGCCCUUAAAGAAUUUAUCAGCCUCCUCUGACUGUAUAGAGCCUUUUACGGUGGCCUGGCUGAUCAGCUCUGUGGCAGUGAAUUGGCAGCUGCUGAUGGACUCCCAUGCUGGAAUGGAGAAGAUAUUGUGAGAAGCUACAUUUCUGACUCACUUUUCCAUACUCAUUGUGUGGUUGGCAGUGGAAUCAAAGCUCAGUCUGCAAAUCCGGAAGUAAAAGUGAACGGAACAGAUCUUGUAAUAAGUCAAGUUAUUGACAAGCUGAAACAUGUUAUUCAGCUGUUGCAGGGCAAAUAAUUUCCUAAAUAUGAUAAGUGGGAUCUUCAACAAACAGCCAGUGGUGGAGGUGUAGAUGAGCAGAUCAGUGGAGAUUGUGGUGACGAAGAUGGUUGUGAAGGAUCAGGAAGUGGAGAAUUCAAAGAAACACAUAAAAUCAGGGACUGGAUGCCAGACAAGACAAACCUCAAUGCUGUAAAGCAAAUCCAUCAAACCAAUGAGGGCAGCACUUUAGACACAACCAGAGCAGGAUGUACAGCAGCAGUGGCUGAUUGUAUGACACAUAUGCUGAUUAGUUUGGUAGCACUGUUUUCCAGUUUUUGGUAA